AUAAUAAUUUCUUUAUGACCGAAGUGAGGAAUAAAUCCAGAGCUUCCCGCUCAAAUGGCUGCAUGACAAGGACAAUAAGCAUGCCCGCACUUGAUUUCUUACGAUGAGUGGCACAACAAGUAUGGUGGACGCUCGUGCAUCUGGAUACCUCUCAAAUUCCCGGUCCCGGAAUAACCGUCUGGAUGGACACGUCAGGCUCCGAUUAUCUUGCUUGGCAUGCCACGUAGCUCCGAUUAUUGUUGACUUAAGCAUCGGAGUGUCUACCCCGAGUUCAACCUCGGGGCUUUGCAGUCCGAGCUGGAAAUUCAUCUCUGCCUCAUGGGCAAGGUCAACCCUCAAACAACCUUCCACCUCUAUCCCACCUCAAAUCCCACCUCAACUUCCACCUCAGGUCCCAACCAUAUUCCCUCCUGUUGAUCAUGUAGAAGGAGGAGAUGAAAACCAACCCCAUACCUCAGCUCACAAUUCAACUUCCACUACCAACCAAGACGCGGUGACAGCUCAGCUUGCUGCCAUGCAGCAGCAGUUUGGUGUUUUUCAGUUGAAUCCCCAACCAGUUCAACCUGCUCCCGCUAUUAGCGAAUCUCAGGAUCAAUCCCACAUAGCACCCGCUCAGCAACCCAUCCCUGAUGAUGUUACUCGUCGCCUUGAUAGCUUAGAAAAGCUGAUAGCUGAACACCGAGCUGUAAUCUCUGGUCUCAAACAUGACAGGUUCCGAGACAGUUUGAUCAAACAUGCUGCCACCACCUUUAGUGAGGUAAAUGACAGAUCUCUGAAAUUUAUAACUGCUGAGGAAUACGCCCUGGCGCAAAAUCCACCUUCCUCUAAGAACCAGAACCCAGAAUGGAGAGAUGACAACCCGAGCCGAAAAAGGAUGAGAAUGGCGCAGAAUCGAGGUCCAGUGUUGACCUCCCCACCGAGAUUCGGAAGGCCGAACUCCACGCCCCCACAACAAUCUGCAGGUAAACCUCCAGUUAAUUGGACUCCAUUUAAUUUGCCGAGGUCACAAAUUUUUAUGCAGAUCAAAAAUAAGAUGGACUUGAGACGUCCCAGCCCAAUGCGAACUGCUGCUGCUAGUCGAGACCAUACCAGAUAUUGUGAUUUUCACCAGGAUCACGGCCAUACUACAGAGCAGUGUAACAGUUUAAAGUCCGAACUGGAAAGUUUAGCUCAGAAGGGAAUGCUGAAUGAGUAUAUACAGCAAGCUGAACAGCCGAGGUUUGUCAGAGAACAGAGGCCACAGCCUCAAGGAGCCCGCAAUCCCCCAAAUAGGCAAGGUGUGGGAUAUCAACAAACCCCACCUCCACUCCCACCACCAACUAGAAUCAUACAUAUGAUUACGGGAGGCCUUGAAGCAGGUGGACUGAGCUCUAAGCAGCGAAAGCUGUAUGUCAGGGAGGUUAAACAUCAAAACCGAGCUCAGAAGCGGAAGAUUGACGAUGCUGAAUGGAAGAAUCAACCAAUUACUUUCACAUCUACUGAUCUCGAUACAGUUGUUACACCCCACAAUGAUCCUUUGGUCACUUCUGUCAUGAUUAACAACUGUGAAGUACAACGUGUCCUUGUUGACACCGGGAGUGCACCAGACAUCAUGUACUUCCACUGUUUCGAGAAGCCCAACGACUGGACCUUAUAUGUUGACGGAGCAUCUAGUAGCAAGGGUUCAGGGGCUGGCGCUCUCUUGAUUGGUCCAGAGGGAUACCGAAACGAACAUGCCCUGAAGUUCAAUUUCGAUGCAACAAAUAACAUGGCUGAAUAUGAAGCUCUACUACUUGGUCUACAACUCGCACUAGAGUUGAAAAUCAGUGCAAUUCAAGUAGAUUCACUCUCCAAGUUUGCCUCUGAUAGCUCUUUAAGCUCCAGAUCCGUUUUUGUAGAGGUCUUAGAUGAACCAAGCUUCACGAAGCCUCGGGAGGCAAUGAAAUUGAGGAAGAAAGCAUCUCGGUAUACACUUGUUGAUGGAGUCCUGUAUAAGAGAUCUUUCUCACUUCCUCUUCUACGGUGUUUAAACCCCUAUGAAGCUGAAUACGCACUUCGAGAGGUACAUGAAGGUGUCUGUGGGAGCCACGUUGGUGCUAGAACUUUGGCUCACAAAGUCUUAAGACAAGGAUACUACUGGCCAAACAUGUACAAAGAUGCCACUUACUUUGUUCAGAAAUGCCCGAAAUGUCAAUUCUUCGCACACCUGACUCAUCAACCAGCAGAAGAGCUCACGAACAUGGUAGCGCCGUGGCCAUUCGCUCAGUGGGGACUGGAUCUUUUAGGCCCAUUUGUGAAAGGGGUGGGUGGUGUAACCCAUCUGAUUGUUGGUGUUGAUUAUUUCACGAAGUGGGUUGAAACUCGGCCUUUAUCUAGUCUUACCUCUAAGAAGGUCGAAGAUUUUGUUUUCAGUUCGAUCAUCUGCAGAUAUGGGAUCCCAAAUCAGAUUGUGGCUGAUAAUGGAACUCAAUUCAAUUGCUCCUCAUUUCGAGAUUUCUGCUCCAGUUAUGGGAUCAAGUUACAGUUCACCUCCGUUUACCAUCCAGAGUCCAAUGGCAUGCUGGAAUCUGUUAACAAAUGCAUUUUGGAAGGUAUAAGGCCGAGAUUGGAGCAGCAUAAGGCCAAGUGGGCAGACGAGCUCAACAACAUCCUCUGGGCAUACAGAACCACGAGCCGAACUGCCACAUGUGAAACACCCUAUCACCUGGCCUUUGGUACCGAAGCAGUCAUUCCUGUUGAGAUAGGAGUCCCAAGCUUCCGGGUCACCCAUUUCGAUGAAGAACGAAAUGGACAACUGCUUCGGGAAAACCUUGAUCUGCUUGCCGAAGUCAGAGAAGAAGCUCGGCUUCGAACUCUUGUAUACAAGCAGAAGCUAGCCAACUUCUACAAUAAACGGGUCUGCCCUCGCACAUUCAAAAUAGGAGACCUUGUUCUCAGAAAAGCUGGCUUAACGGGGUUUGAAACUCGUUUUGGCAAACUUGCCCCAAAUUGGGAAGGUCCUUAUGCCAUGGCCGAAGUGCCACAUCCUGGUGCCUAUAUUCUCCAAGACGCUGAAGGAAAAAGAGUUCCUAGAGUCUGGAAUGUCAAUAACUUGAAGAAAUUUUACCCCUAAUGAAAUUCUUCCAAGCAAUCUAUGUCUUACUGUUCUUUAUGCUUCUCACUCCGUGUUUGUUAAGAUUGAUUUUAUCUCUUUUUCCAUGUAUCCGAGGUCAAUCAGUACUUAAACCUCACUUCUGAUUAAUAAAAGUUACUUCACAUG